CCUGGUUCAAAACGAAAGUACGUUUGCUGAUUUUCCGAAAAUAUUAUAAAUUAGGUCAUUCUUAGAAACACCAAAGAGAAAGUAGAAUUGCGCAUUUUAGUUUUUUCUACAUCAAAAUAUGACCCAAACAUUAGGAAGAGUGGACAAUCCGCUCCUGCCAUUUGAAGGAGAUAUUCCUGGGGGACUUCAGCCGGGAAAACAAAUCUUUAUCCAAGGAAAUAUCCCGCAUACUGCUGAUGGAAUUGGCAUUAACUUUAAGUGUGGGAGGAGUGAGGCUGCAGACAUUGCCUUCCAUUUCAAUCCGCGGAUCAGCCAGAACUGUGUUGUACGGAACACACUGCAGAACGGGUCAUGGCAACAUGAAGAGAGACAUGGUGGAAUGCCGUUUCAUAAAGAAAAACCAUUUGAAAUCAUAUUCUUGGUGGAGGAGAGUCACUUCAAGGUAGCAGUGAAUGGAAAGCAUUUCACAGAGUUCCAGCACAGAAUCCCACUGCACAGAGUCCAAUCCCUUCAGAUUCCACCGGGCGUGUCCAUUUUCUUCGUCAGAUUCGAUGCUCCGUAUUCUGUGGUACCCAGCAUGAGUUAUCCGUCCAAUACCAGUUACCCGUCUCAGAUGCCAGCUCCCAUCUACAACCCACCCAUCCCUUACAUAGGACUGAUCCCCCCAAGUGGACUGCAAGUGGGCAAACUCAUCAUGAUUUCCGGAAUAACUAGAGGAGUAGACAGGUUCACUGUGAACAUCCAGGAAGGCCCAGCAGAUUCGAAAAAUAUAGCCUUCCAUUUUGACGUCCGAUUUCAUUGUGGGAAUUGCACUAUGGAAAUCAUUCGAAACAGCCUGUCAGGCGGUACCUGGGGGACAGAGGAGAGACACAAGCCAUAUUUCCCCUUCAGACCUCAGGCCAACUUUGACCUGAUGAUCCUGUGUGAUCCUCAUACAUUUAAAGUGGCAGUGGAUGGGAAACACUUCACCGAGUACCAGCACCGGCUGCAGCCUCUAGGUCGUUUCCAGUAUCUCGGCAUCUCUGGUGACAUCAAGGUCACACAGAUCAGAUUUCAGUGAGCAGUAGCAUCAAAGUAUCUUGACAGAGGUCAAGGGCAAUGCAUAAAAUGUUAAGGAAUGUGUCAUCUCCACAAAACUAAUGAAAAUUUAACAUUAAUAAUGUGUUCUGAUGAUUCAAAAAAUGUCUCAGAGUGUGACAUCUCCAGAAAACCAAUCAAAAUUAUCAAUGUGUUCUGAUCAUUCAAAAAAAAAUUUUUUCUUCUGAUUUUCUUUAGUGAUAGCAGUAUUGCAUUGUAAAUAAUUUUAUUAGUGCUAGUUUAAUUUUUGGUAUUGAUUGUCAUUUCUGUAUUUUCAUGAUUUUAAUGUUUUUGAAACAAAUAGUGGCUAUAUGAUUGUUGAAUAAAUUUUAUUUGUUUAAAACACUGCUGCAUGAACACAUCGCACAUAAUGGACUUAUGCAAACAUUAAAUAAGUGUACAGCCUCGGUAAUGUUCAAUAACUCUGUGAAGACAUUUAAUGAUGGUAUGAGAAAUGGGGAAAAGAUCUGAAAGUUACAUUGAGUGUUUAAACUGUGUUAUGUGGUAGUUUUAUGGAGCAUGUUUUGUGAUGUAUAAUACACAUUUUAGAUUUAUUUUCAUCUAUUAAUGUGUCUGAGAAGAGCAUUGUGGCCCUCUGGUGUGUGAUCUACUAUGAGAAAUGAAAAAACAGAACAAGCAGAAUGCAUUCAACAAUUAGUUACUGUUUAUUAAUUUUUUCUUAACUAUUUUUUUGUUUGUCAUGAUUUAAUUAUUUGUUUUGCUUUGACAUGUUCGCAUUUAAUUGAUUCUGUGAUAAUUUUAUAGCUCUUUUCUAAUAUACACUAUUGAAGAAAGGCAUUAAUUUCAAAUAAUUUUGCAAAUCUGGCAUCAUUGUCUUAAAGAUACUGCUUAUCACCACCACUAAGGAGGGGUUAUGAUUCACCUACAGAGAAAAACAUUGGAGUGAGUUGACAGUUAAUUUCUUACAUAAAAAAUACAUUUGAACUUCGGCAUCUCGAACACCAAUAUCUCGAAUACCAUGGAUAUAUAUCAAAGUUAUUCAGAAGCUCAAUCACUUAUUUUUUUAAAGUAUUUUACCCUCUAUAUCUUGAAUCCUUGGAUAUCUCGGAAGUUUUUUCUUGGUCCCACUGAGUUCGAGAUAAUGAGGUUUGACUAUAUUGGACACCAUACAUCUGGACAUUUUUUGGGGGGUAACAAACUUUCUAAUCAUUUUUUUUUUUUUUACUAUAAGACAUAACAAGCAUUUGCUCCUAAUGUAAAAAAAAUAUUUCUGAAUUCAGUGAACCCAGCAAAUUAUUAAAAAAAAAUUAUCUACAGCAUAAACGAAUAUAUUUAUGAUAGUUUAACAGACAAUUUAGAAUUUAUUCAUUAAUAUUUUGUUCUUCAAGGGUCAUUAAAAAUUUUCAAAAAUUAUUUCUAAUUUAGUUUUUAAUACAUUGUGCAUGUAUAUCGUAACCAGGCAACUAUUCCUCCUGCUCUCUUCACCCCUGUGUACUAUUAUUUUGGCACUUGGUGCAGCUAGCCAUGUUCUCUGUGUAUGUUAGCUUGUCAUGCGUGCUUACAUUAAUUGCAAUAUACCAUGCAUUUAAUUUUGUAGUGUAUAUGUGCCAUACUUGCCUUGUUGUAAUAACAAUUUUCAUGAAUUUGGGAAUCUCAUUCAAAAUAUUCUCAAGUAAAACUAAUCACCGUCUGUCUUAGCUGCAGAUCUUUAGCUCUCUGGGAAAAUAUUUGGACAGAUCAGAGAUGAUCUGUUUCAAUAUUUCUGUAGUUCUGCAGCUACGUCUGUCCAUGUAGAAUAGACCAGGAAUGUCUAACUCUAGCAGUAGAAAUUAUUUUUAGAGUCUCAUUUUUAAAAAAAAAAAUUUAAUUUUGGGGGCUAUGAUUUGGUUAAGCUGUACAAAUCUAACAGAUGGGAAUGGAACAGCAUGAAGGCAAGAUCCCGGUGGCAUGGGAAGAGUUCUGUAACUACGUGUAUAUUGAAUAUUCUCUCCAUAUUGAUAUUCAGUUGUACCAUGGAGUAACAAUUUUUUAUAUUCAGAGUUGGAGUUUGUUUUUUGUUCGGUUUUUUUUUGGGGGGGGGGGGGUCACUUUUCUUUUUCUGUUCUGUUAUACUCUUAGAAAUGCAUAAAAGUAAAUUCUUACAAAUUCCAAAAUAUCAAUUGUUUUGAAACAAAGGGUUUUGACACAAUCUGAGCAAACUGAUAUAUGUAGUAUAUAGUGAGUAUAUUCUAUAUAUACCAGUGUGCUCAGAUUAUAUCAAAACCCUGUGUUUUGAAACCAAUGAUCUCUUCCCAACACUUUCUUACCCUAAAUAUUUUAGCUUGCAAGCCUUUAAUUCUUCCCUGCAUAUUUCUUUACUCUAAAAGUGGUUCUCUAACGUAGUUUUAUUGGGUUUCUCUUCUCUUUGUACAAAAUAAAUGCUUUUAUUAGUCAUUAAUAUACAUUCCCAUGCCAUGGAGGUUUUGAAGAAAAAAAAGAAGAUUGUCAUCGCUUUCACAACUUGUUUACCUUUAAGCUAUCGAUUGUUCCUAUUUUAGAUGUUUUAUUACGGAAUUGAUUGAAUAUUUAAAUCAAUUAUAUGUUAUAAUUUGAUGUUGAAAUGGCACUGUUUUUGAUUUCUAAAAUCCAUAGAUUUGUUUGGUUUACUUAUUGUUUUGCAUCCUAUUCGAGAAGUUAUCGCUCCUAUAGAGACGUCAUCAAUGAAUACUGUAUGCAGAUACAUGUGCUAAUAUAAAGGUUGUAGAUUUAAUAAAUACAAUUUCCGAUUCUU